CACACCAUGUGUGAGUGUAACUGGCUCAAGUAUUCUUUGCUUCUAAAAACCUCUGUGGCGAACUGUUCUAUCCUCCAACUCGAUUCAAUCUGAUACCCCUCAACGGUUUCUCAAUCGUCUGUAAAUUAUCCACAACCCCAGAAGAAGAUUUCAAAUUCUUGUGCUUCGCAACAUUUGAAUACACACAAAAUUGAGUUCAUUCAACAUUUGAACACACACAAAAUUUUCUUUUCGGAAAACGUAAAAGACCCGCCUGUGUUCAUCUGUGUUUAUUUUAUUUUAUUUUAUUUUAUUUAUCGCUUUUUGGUACCAGAAGAGGGUUUGAGAUGGAAAAAGUUCAUAAUUUUUUUCGGGUUCUCGGAUUGGAUUGCGGAGAUUUGAUGUGGUUCUGAGAUGGGUUUGAAGUGAUUUAAUAGAUCUGGGUUUGUUUGGUGGAUGAGGACUGAGGAGACCUAUGGAGCCUCCAAGUGGAUUCUUGGCUUCUCUGUGGAACUUUAUUUGCUUCUUGCCUUACUUCAUUGGUCUCCUUAUUUUAGGUUGCAUAAAAGGUAUCAUUUUCUGCCCAUUGAUAUGCCUUAUCAUCACAAUUGGAAAUUCCGCAAUUAUUAUAGGUCUUUGGCCAGCUCACUGUUUCUGGACAUAUUAUCGGAUUCUGGGAGCUAAACAAAUAGGGCCAGUUUUGAAGCUUGUACUCUGUUUAGGCAUUUCUGUUCUCUUGAUUUUGUGGCCAAUUUUUGGUAUUGUUGGGAGUAUUAUUGGUGGUGCAGCAUAUGGCCUUCUUGCUCCAGUGUUUGCCACUUUUAAAGCUGUUGGUGAAGGGAGGACUAAUGAUUUUUUCCACUGUAUUUAUGAUGGAACUUGGGACACUGUGAAAUGGAGCUUUACUUUUGUCAGGGAUUUUUUGGAUGUGUGUUAUCAUUCCUACUUCUCAGUUAUGGAUGAUCUACAGCGUCCAGGGCCUCCAGAGGGAAAAUAUUAUGAGAUAAGAGUACUUUAUCUUCCUGGGGCUCUUAUAGCUGGUGUGCUUGGUUUCAUGGUUGACAUGCUGGUCAUUUCACUUGUUGCCCUUUACAAGAGCCCUUAUAUGCUGUUCAAGGGAUGGCACCGUUUGUUUCAUGACUGCAUAGGUCGGGAAGGCCCUUUCUUGGAGACAAUAUGUGUACCAUUUGCAGGUCUUGCUAUCUUACUCUGGCCACUGGCUGUUGUUGGGGCUGUAUUAGGCUCCAUGGUAUCAAGCAUCUUCUUAGGUGCUUAUGCAGCAGUGGUUGUUUAUCAGGAAUCCUCGUUAUGGUUGGGACUUUGCUAUAUCAUUGCUUCAUUAUCCAUUUAUGAUGAGUACAGCAAUGAUAUUCUUGACAUGCCAGAUUGGACCUGCUUCCCUAGGCCUCGAUACCGAAAGAAGGCUGAGCUAUCACGAGGCAACUCUCGUGCAGCAUCUUUCUCAAGGCCGGACUCUUUCCGAAAUCCACCUUCUCGAACAGCUUCACUCAAGACUCCUUUGGUCGAGUUGAAGCCACUUGAGUUAAUUGAUAGCUUAUUUAAGGAGUGUCAACGCCAAGGGGAAAUUAUGGCUUCUGAAGGACUAAUAACACUUAAAGACAUUGAAGAUGCUAAAUCUAGUAAAGAUAGUGGCAGGGUGAUAAGUAUAGGUUUACCAGCUUAUUGUCUCCUCCAAAUGCUUUUACGUUCUGCACAUGCCAACUCUGCUGGUUUAUUGUUAAGUGACAACGUCACUGAGAUAACUAGUACAAACAGACCCAAAGAUACAUUCUUUGAUUGGUUUCUUCAUCCACUCCUGAUCAUCAAAGACCAGAUUAAAGCUGAAAACCUCUCUGAGACUGAAGAGAACUACCUAGGAAAAUUAGUGCUGUUGAGUGGUGUUCCUGAGAGGCUGAAAAAACCAAAUAUUGGCUCACCACCUGAAUCUGAGCUUAAACGAGCCGAACUUGAUGCGCUAGCUCGAAGGCUUCAAGGGAUCACCAAAUCUAUCUCAAGGUAUCCAACAUUUAGGCGUCGUUUUGAUUAUAGCAUCAGAACCAUAUCUGAAGAUCUUGCUAAGAAAAAUGGUGGCAGCAAACCGAGCAAUGCCAUUGUCCGGAUAUUUAGCCAGAAAUCUUUUAAAAGCAAGACAAACUACCCAGGGGCGAAUCGAGAGUCUCAACCAGUUAUCGAAAGAGAUGUGGAAAUCGCAUGAUACAAAUGUUGCAUGUAACCUCUGUUCCAUCUUUGAUUUUGUAUCCUUUUUCAUAUUAAUUGUAAACUUUGUUCAUACACAAAAUUCCACACUAUUGUGUUUCAUUUCAAUUUGCCAAAAGACACACUCAACUAUGGACAGAUCCUCUUUCCUAAUUCAAGAGGAUUAGUUUGUAGUAGAAGUUUUUCAUGCAUACCUCUCCUUAAAGGACUUGAAUUCCCAAAGAAUCACUGAAGUCAGUGUAUUUGAACUUUUAGCAUCCUAGUUUUUAACUUAGAAACUACAAAUUAGAUGUCUGAUGAACAUCUGUUGGAAAAGCCACUGUGAUUAAAUGGAAUAUGUUUUCAUUUACAUUUAUUUAUAUAUUUAUUUUGACAA